UUGAACCCGUCCGCCGAUCUGCUUCUUCAUGUCACCCAGCAACUCUAACCGGUACUCGGGUGGCCGGCUUCCUGCUAACGUAAUUGGCUCCAAUGGUAUGCACUCCCGGAGUACCCCAGCCGAAAGCCGGAGACUGAGCAGCGGCAUUGCCAUCGAUCAUGUGUCUGGUUUAAAGCUGCAACAACAAUGAGCUUUGCGAGUGUUCAUACAACAAGCAAGAUGGCUCCCGUACUAGAACUCAUUGUCUUCGAGCACAAGGAAAUUAAGGACAUUCAAGAAGCACUCGAAUCUUGUCUUGCGAUUUUUGAACGUGCACAUGGCGUGCAAUCUGCCUUCGUUGGCCCUGCGCAGGAUGCUGCCAACACCACUGUCCUGGCCUCAACGUGGUCGUCGUACGAGAGCGUGAUCCAAUUCGUUAAGAGCGAAGAUUACGCCAAAUUCUUCGAGAAGCUUCAGGCCCUGACCACGGCCGAGAAGAAGCCAAGCACGACGCAUUGCUAUCUCUCCGACAACCCGAAAGAUGAUCUCGAGGUUCUAUUCACCGCGAAAGCCAUAGAAAUGGCACCGCUCACGCUCUUCGGAGAUAAAGUCCAUCAACACUAUAUCAACUUCGACACUGCCGGGAAGAUGAUCGCUGCUGCUCCAGGCUACGUCGCCCAGUUCCAGGCACCGCAGAUUGAGGCCCCGUACAAUCAGUGGAGCUUGGUCGGUUGGGAUUCGAUUGAGCUGCACCAUGCUUUUAAUGAUGCUCCAGAAUUUGCCGAGUUUUUGAAAUUGGUUGCGCCAAAUGUGAAUCUGCCGGGGCCGCCACCCAUUAUCCAUUGUUGCUUUACGAAAGUGUUUGGUAACUUGUGAUGCGGGAGUUUUCUAAGCAAGAUAUGACAAAAUCAGAGAACAAUCCUAUAUACCAAACUUUUUGCUGUAGGGUGCUUGUCGUAGACACCUCCACACCGGGCUACAAUGGAAUGACAGUUUCGACAAGGCGACAACCCCCGAAAUGACUCUGCCGCGCGGUAUCAACGACGGCGAGGUCGGAUGUGCUGCGUCCGAGAGUUUGCACAAGCAUUCCUGGAGGACGCAGGGUAAUUGUGGGGACAAAGUGCAAGUCGUGCUUUCCGGCAAGCUGUUAGUG